CGACGAAGGCUGCCGCUCAUUCAAAUGCGCCCUUCUUUUCUCGGGCAAUGAAGGACACAAUAGACGUACCCUUCGCGGCCUACUCUAUCCCAGUAUUCACGAUAGGACAGAUAUUUUCAAAGAAAAUGGCGGGUAAUUCUGUGGCGGUCGGCAGAUACACUUAUAAAUGGAGAAAGGAUCAGACAGCUCAAUUUAUUCACAUGCGAGCCGAAAAUGAUCACUUAUUUACCGGGGCUAAGAACUCGGCCAGCGUGGCUUGGAGGAUAAUUCUGGAGAAAAUGGGCCUGCUGGGGAUGGUCACUCCCUAUCAGGCCAAAAAAAAAUGGGACAACUUGAAAAAAAAAUACAAAGAUUGCAAGUGUCCUGGGACAGGUGAAGGAGUGAGUGGGAAACCCACUGCUGCAACUUGGCCCUGGUUUGUCCUCAUGGACGAGGUGUUGGGACAGAGGCAUUCCAACAACUCCCCUGUCCUAAUUUCCUCCAUCCCUGAGGACACACCAGGGCCAAGUUCAGCAGUGGAUGACAAAGAUGAAGAGGAGCCAGCAACAUCCAAGAGAAAAAGAGACAGAGAGGAUGAACUGAUUGAGCUAAUUAGGGAGGAAAUAACGUUUCAGCAAGAGACAGAGGAGAGGAGCGCACAGGAGCACAGGGAGAGAAUGGAGCCAGCAGCAGCACCAGACAAUAGAAAAAGAGACAGAGUGGAUGAGCUGAUCGACCUAAUUAGGGAGGAAAUAAAGUUUCAGCGAGAGACUGAGGAGAGGAGAGCACGAGAGAGCAGGGAGAGAAUGGACAGACUGUUAUCUCUUCUUGAGAGAAUGCUUGAGAAAAAAAAAAUAUAGAAGUUACAUUUGGUAAAUGAAACCAUUUUUCUGUUUUUUUUUAUUUUUUAUGUCACUUAUAAUUCAUAAAUGAAACAAAAGUGAUUUCUGUACAGUUUAUUUUUGGAAUACAAGUUAAAAAUCAAACAAGUUCUGUACAUUAUUUUGUAAUUAAAGUUGCUUGUAAAUUAAAGUAAUUUCUGUACAUUGUUUAUGUUUGUAAUGUAAGUUGAAAUUUGUAAAUAAAACAAGUAAUUGUUCUGUAAA